AUUAAAUCACAGCGUUGCUCACAGAGCGUCACGCAGGACAUCUGCUGUCUACACAGAGCUGCACACAACACAACACGACACGAUACGACACGAGCCUUUACACAAAUGACUCAAAACAAGUUUUACCGCAGAAGAGGAGUAUCCGUGGACCAUAAGGAUUUUAGGAUUCAUUGCACCUUUUCAAAUGCGUGCAGAAGUAGGACGUAAGAGCUUUAACUGAGCAGACUUAUAAGGAGGGAUCUUGGCUCCUGCAGCCGUUUCCCCUGCAGGGCUGAGCUCUUUGGCUGGCUCGCUACUUCCUUAGCAGAGGGGCUGCUGGCAGGGGCAACAUCUGAGCAGGUCUGUUUGUGUCUCUGUCUGCACAGGUCAUGAAGCCUCAGGAGGCAGAGCUUGCCAAUGAAAUCUCUAAGUUACAAUGCAUGGUGUCGGAGCUGAAGACGGGGUUUACCAGCGCUCUGCUGGAGCUCAGUCAGAUCCAACAUGGUGACACGUACCUGAGAGAGGAGCUGGAGGAGAACAGGAGGAGCUGUCAGAAAAAAGCCAUCCGGCUGGAGUCUCUGGUCGACUCACUGAGGGAAGAACUGGGAGUGAUGAGGUGUCAGAUUGUGCAGCUGUACAGUAACAGAAACAGACCUCAGCAGGAUGGAAAGAGCUCAGCUAAACAAAGAGACAACAGCAAUCCUGCAGAGCCAGUGGGUGUACGGAGUCAGUGUGAUUGUUCGCCUGCUGCACCGGCCUGUCUGUCCAGAGGAAAACUGCUCCUUCACUGUUUCCUGCAGGGACUCAAAGCCGGGCUGAGCGAAGGCACAGAUGCGCGACAUCAGGUGGCGAUGCAGCUCCUGCAUUCAGAGUGGGAGUACGUGUCCACUUUAAACCAGCUGUACGACAAGUACAAGACGCCACCAGCCCACCAGAUGACCGCGGAGCCGUAUCAGACGUACAUGAAGUUUGUGGAGCAGCUGUUGCAGCGGCACCUGCUCUUCAGAAACACCCUGCAGGAGCGCUUAUCUGCCGAACACUGGAAGUCUCUGGUUGGAGACAUCCUGGUGCAGCUUAUCGGGCAGAAUGACACCGCCUUUUCAGAUAUGUAUCUGGGAUACACAACUACCCUGGCCUCAUUCCUCUCGCUUGAGUUCAACAGGCUGAAUAAUCCAGAGAAGAGCCACAAAAUGCAGAGUGGGCAAAUGGAGAAGGAGGAGAUAAAACUGAUCUCCUUGCUGUUGGCACCUGUCGCUCGCAUUCACAGCUACCUGAGCCACAUUCAGAGCCUGUUGCAGUGGACUGGUAAAGAGCAUCCUGACUGCAGCCUCUUGUUGGGAACCGAGCAAGCGCUGAGGAGCAUUUUGUCGCGCUGUCAUGUGAUCCUGGAGGAAGACGUCCGAUGGGAGGACGAAGAAGGCGCUGGACAGAGCAGCAGCUACUCUGAUGCUGCAGCCGCUGCAUCUUCUGAAAACUGUUGCACGAGAAGCCGACAGACCAGAGAGGAGUCGAAUCCUGCUCCUCAGAGAGAUGAACAUGAACAGUCGACUGUAAACCUCACCAACGGGGUGGACGGCUGCCACUCAAUGCGUCUGGAGUGCUGGUCCUGUAGCCCAGUGAGGAGGAAGGGAUGUGGAAGAGAUCAGGCCGUCCUGAACCAGCAGGCCCACAACUGUGGACACAUGUACUGCUCCCUCGUCACUCCGGACACUGCAGGAUGGGGCGAGACCAGCGACUCAGGCCAGGGCACCUUCAGCCAGCCCACGGUGAAAGGCACCAACGAACAGGAGACAAACCACAGCCUGGACGACGGCGACACGGACCCCGACGACACCUCCGCCUUCGACUAUUCCUCCGUCACCUCCUGCAGCCCUGACGGCACCCUGCGCAGGGAGACGAUUGGCAGCAACAGCGGGGAGGAUGAAGAAGAGGACAGCCAGGUGCCGGUGCUGUUGAAGCCCUCUUACAGCCAGCAGCAGCAGCCCGGUGAGGUACCCAGGGAAAGGACUGUGUGUCUGAGGUGGCAGAUUCCCAGACUGACUCCUCACCCUCCACUGAGGAAUCCCAAGGGCGUGUAUGUGGAUGGGACGACACCGUGUCUUGUCGGCUCCUACGGGAAGAGGCUGGUCAGCGUCAGGAAAGGCUCACCUCCUCUACAUCCAAAAAGUGCCUUCAGGCCCAUCUGGGAUGAUCCGUCCAAACAGGCUGAUGCAGCUCCAGAGAAGGACAACAGACAAGGCUUCAUACCGAUCCAAGCUCCAGCAAGGCCGAACUUUCAGAAUUUCAACCCAGGCAGAGAAAAUCUGAGACCCUGCCUUGUUCAGCGAGGGAACCAUGCAGCAGCCAUGAGCAGUGGGGCAAUGUGGGACGACAGUGAGGACAGCGAGGGACCCUGCAGCACUGUCUGACCUCUGCUGUCCUUCCCAGAGACACGAUGACCAACAUUAAAAGCGAUCACACACAGAUAUGUAAAGUUACAAACUGCAAGUUGUGACCUUGCUGAUUUUUUUUUUUCCAAAAGUCCACAGAAGACAUAAAUUGCAUGUGGAUGAUAUACCUGGAAAUUAAAGGCCAGAAAACAGGGACUGUUUUUGAUUUUGAUUGAUCUUGUUUGGGCACUGAAGCCACCUUUCUUCAGGAUCCUACCUUCACAUGUGGGAUGGUGCUUGAGCACAGAUUAAACCAAAUACUGAAGAAAAGGAA